UUUAAAAUAGCUACGUACCGGUAUUAUCGUAGUACAGGGGUGGGGGGGUUCGGCAAGCUUUGUGGCACUGUUGUUAGGCACGUGUUCCACGUGUGUCAAGGCCGCGAAUGACUCAUCGUUCAAGGUUUUCUGUAUUCCUGACGCCUCCGCUUGGUGGCGUUCCUUCGCUUUUCCAAACUUGUGUCCAAAAUGUGUCGCCAACUGUGAUUGGCCGAAAACAUUUUAUGCGGAGCCCUACCAUUGGUCGAAAAAUUUUCGAGACCUUGGCGACCUUGGCGAAAGGAAAAAUGGUAUGAUGGGUAUGAUGUACUCACUGUGUUGUCUUCCUGAAAAUUAUUUAUUUAAUUUCUGUGUACCAUGCAUUUGUGAGUACAGCAGCACUUGACUGUUUGCCUCUGUGAGAAUCACACCACCGUGAAUCGCAGUGUGUGAGAGAGACAAGACAUCACGGAGGCGGUAGUAUGAUUGUGCUUCCGUUCGUUAGUGAAACAUUUUAUUUGUGUUUUGACGUUUCAUUUCGUUCGGCGCUUUCUUUUUUUCGUGUUAUGUAUCGCUUGCAUUCACGGCCAUCAAACGAUCCGAACGAGUCUCUGCAUUGAUGAAGGUGGUGGUGGUGGGGUUUUUUCACGGGGCGGUUCCGCGCAUUCCUCGCCCGUCAAUGUCGAUUUCUCGUUUUUUGUUUCAUCUUCAAGGUAAACUUGCCAUUUGAUGGACAUGGUUGUCGAUUUGGCCAGCAGGGAUCGGCUUAGAUUUUAUUUGUCCAAAAUAGAAGAAAAAGUCGGUUGAAAGAAGUGAUGAAAUUGGUCUCUGCGCCAAAUUAAAUGCUAGCUGAAAACUAAAACAAAUGUUUUGAUCUUUCGCCUUUUUAUUAUGCAAAUUCGUGUUGUUCUCGGGAGUUUCACGACAAGAGACUUUUUUAUUUUUCACGCACGCUCUAGACAUGUUUGACGUCAUCCUUGACGUGUAUGUUUUAUCGUGCUUGGCUUUUUUUGUGUGCAGUGCACUCGUUAGAGACAUCCGCUAAGUGAUAAAACGUUAGGGUUUACUUCAAUCAAUGAAUUAUUCAUGUUUUUUUUCUGUUUGCUGUUAUCGGAAAGAAUGCCCGCAGCGACGUGAAUUAAACAGGCUGGGGGGAAUUGCGGGUUUAUCCGCUUUUAUCCAGUUUUCUUCUUUGGUCAUUAACUAACGAAACACAAGAAAUAGUUUGAACAUUCUUAUCGACUUGUUAUAGUCCAUCGUCGGCGGAGAUGACGUCAACGGCAGGUUACGUCAAGUGACAAAUUGGAAUAACUAGGAAUUUUAUUUAGUCUUAUCACGUCGUGUUGUUUCGAUUGGGUCGGUUGAAUAAAUUCCACCUCUAAUGAUAAUCCGCAUUCCAUAAAACGGUGAACUGUGCAGUUUUACUGUUUGGCGUGUGAUUUGUUUGUUAUGAUGAACUUGGUCCGACCUUGACCGUCGUCGACAAUUGCCUUGUUUAUUUCGUUUUUAAUUCGCGAUAAGUUUGUUUUUCUCCUCACUCUGCCUGUGUGUGCGUGUGUGCGUAGAUGUAAUGUGUAAAAUGUAAAAAGAUCAAUUUAAAGGUGCUCAAGUCGUGGUGCCGUCAGAUCCUGAAGGGUCUCUACUUCCUCCAUUCUAGGACACCAAACAUCAUCCAUCGCGAUUUGAAGUGCGAAAACAUCUUCAUCACGGGGACGACUGGCUGCGUGAAAAUUGGCGACUUGGGCUUGGCCACGCUGAAGAAUCGGUCGUUUGUCAAAUCUGUGAUUGGCACUCCCGAAUUCAUGGCCCCCGAAAUGUACGAGGAGCACUAUGACGAAGGCGUCGACGUCUACGCUUUUGGCAUGUGCAUGCUGGAAAUGGCCACCAGCGAGUACCCGUACAGCGAAUGCAUGGGCCCGGCUCAGAUCUACAAGAAAGUCAUCAGCCGCGUCAGACCGCAGAGUUUCGAUAAGGUGGAGAACAGCGAGAUUCGCGACAUUAUCGACCGUUGCACGCGUCUGCGCAAGGAAUAGAGGCCGAGCGUCAAGGAUUUAUUGAACGACACCGAGUUCUUUGCCGAAGAAACGGGUCUGAAGGUGGAAGUAGUGUCGCGCGACGAGGCGGUGGCCAGCACCAGCGAAAGUGUCCAAUUCUGGUUACGCGUCCUCGAUCCAAAGAAAAGGCGUGACAAGCACAAGGAGAACGAGGCCAUCCAGUUCGAGUUCAAUGUAGUGACGGACGAUGCCGACAAACUUGCCCAGGAUAUGACCCAAAAGGAUUCGGACGGCAUCCUCAUGGAGGAGGAUGAUGUCAAGGUGCUGGCAAAGUUACUCAGAAGUCAAGUCCAGCUGUUGGUCAAAGAACAUGACGAACGCGAGGAGAUCAGACGUCAGAAUCAGCCGCCUCCUGUUCCCCAACAGCAGCAGCAGCAGCCUGCAACUGUUGUUGUACAACAGCCUCCUCCUCAAGUGGUGCAACCAGUCAUACAGCAAGUUGUCCAGCAGCCUAUUCAGCAGGUUGUCCAGCAACCUAUUCAGCAGGUUAUUCAGCAGCCCAUCCAGCAGCCCCAAACUGCUCCAAUCCUGGAUCAAUCGAUGGCGAUCCAGCAACAACAACAACCUUCUCCGGCGCUACAGCCGUUGAUGCAGCAGCAACCUAUGUUGCCCAGUCAGCAAUUACCUUUAACCAUAACGACGGGAUUGGUUACUUCGCCUCAACAGCACUGCAUCCAGCAGCAGCAACAACAACAGCAACAACACGUAAUACAGCAACAGCAUUUGAUCCCGCAGCAAGUGGCUGCCAACCAGCAACAGCUGACGGUUCAGGCGAUACAGAAUCAGAUCCACCAACAGCAACAAACGCUGCACCAAGUAAAUCGGCAGAUCCAGCAACAACAGCAACAGUUGCAGCAAGUGAACCAACAAAUUCAGCAGCAACAGUCGGUUCAGAUCCAACAACAACUCUUGUUACAUCAACAGAACUUGAUGAAUCAACCGAUGACAACUUCUCAGCAAAUUGAUCACCAGGGAUUUAGUCAAUCACAGCCGCAACAACAACAACAGCUCUAUCAGCAGCAACCGGCCGAAGUGCCUGCCCAGUAUUUCGUUCCGGCCGAAUUGCCUGUCUUCCAGCAGCAACAACAGCCGCAGCAACAAACUUAUAGCCAUUACCAACCAGCUGAAGCUGUUGCCCAGCCUUAUGCGCAAUCCAUUCCCCAGCAGCAGCAGCAGCAGCAACAACAGCAGCCCGUCCGUCAGUUAUUGAAUUAUGUUCAGCAACAGUCGGUGGAUCAGACGCAGGUCCAAUGUGUUGCACCCGAGUCCAAGUGGAUCAGGCGGCCGAGAGCAACCCAGCCCAACAACAACAGCGCAAAGUCUUGCCCUCCACCAUCGACAUUCAUGACUUGCAUUCCGAGUUGUCGAAAUUGCAUUCGCAGGGCACUGGUCAUCUGCCGGCCUUGUUGAAAGCCAAGGAGCCCGAAAAUAAAGUGAAUCCUACCACUACGGAAGCCUCCGCAGCGGCACCGGCCGCAACGAAUCCCGUUGCUCAGUCAACAACAACGGCCAGUCAUGGCCCUGACGUUGUGGAUGACCAUCCGCAAACGCCGACGG